GAGUGAAGUGUGAGCUCUCAGUUUAUGGCAUGAUCAUUCUCUGGUGCUCAUCCAGAGCAUUCCAACUGACAUAGCAGUUCUGCGUUCUAUGGAAGCCAACAUGAUUGUUCCAUUUUUGACAUUCAUAAGUGAAUAGUCUGGUUGCGACAGGAACGUUAUGUAUAAGGGAUUUGGCCAACCCGUAUGGAGACAGCUCUCCCAGACAAAAGCAGCUCCAGUGGAACGGUAUAAGCACGGUUGUUGCAUCUACAAAGGACAUAUUUAUCUCUAUGGUGGUCGAAGGCAAAGUGGGCUGAAGGAUUUUUGGAGAUACAGUAUUGCUCAGAAUGAAUGGGAAGAAUUGGACUAUGCAGAGGGAACACCACCAGAGGAAUUAGAGGAGCCCUCGCUGGUAGCUCAUAAUGGAAUAAUCUAUGUGUAUGGCGGAAUGAUGGACUCGGCUUAUACCCAGGGGAAAACUCCUCUCUGGAUCUAUGAUAUUGGUGCGGCAAGAUGGACUUGGUGGCAUGAAACAUUUUCUUGCGAGCCUGCGAAACAGGCACCCAAGAAUCGGAAGGGGCACAGUGCUGUGGUGUUUGAGGCUCAGAUGUUCAUAUAUGGAGGUUAUGUUGAUAUAGUAGGACCCUCCCAAGAAUUCUGGAGUUUUGGCUUUGAAGCCAAGGACUGGUACCCAGUGUUGGUCUCUUCUGCUGACGUGGGUCCUGGGCCACGAUACAGUCACUCUGCAGCUGUCUACAACAGUGGAAUGUACUUGUUUGGGGGACUGGUUGGACUUGUGGAGCAGAAUGACUUUUGGAAGUGGGAUUUCAUUGGUAGUACCUGGUCCAAGAUCAAAGCACGCUCUGGGCCUCACCAGUUAGUGGGACACUCUGCUGUUGUUUACCAAGACUGCAUGCUAAUCUUCGGAGGAGGAAGGAACCAUAACAGCUCCAGCAACAGCCUGUGGAAAUUCCGAUUAACAACACAUACCUGGGAGAGAUUAAACCCAGCAACUGACACAACGCCGCCCUCAAAAAUCUACCACUGCACAGUAGGUGUUGGUCCCAGCUUCCAGGAGAAACAUCCUGAUGAUGUCCCUCCCAAAACACCGGUUCAAAGCUGCGUCUGUGGGGACAAUGUCAUCUACCCAUGCAACUUCUGCAACGGGGAGCAACUGGUUGGUCUGAAGGGUGCCUGCUGCUUGAAUUUUUCCACACAGACCCCAGUCAAGCCUGAAAGCAAGAGAGCAAACUCAAACAUCAUAGAGAUGAUGACUUUCAGUGUACAGCCCUCGGAAGGCAGCGAGAAGCUCCAGCACUCAACGUUGCCCAUUUCCCGUACACCAGUAGCACAGUGGCUGCAUGUAAACACACACCACCUUUCAAUGCAGCUGGAAAAGCAAGCCCAUGCAGAGCACAGCAUCCAGGAGUACUCUCAAAACAGUGCUUUGAGAGAAGCCCAGCCAGAGACUGUUCACCAAGGUGAUGCAUCACCCCAUUCAACUGAUAAUCUUCCAGAAGUUCUGCUGGUAGUAGGUGGUAAACCAUUAUCUGAGCAGAGGUACAUUUCACUGUGGCAAAUGAAAUUAUGUGAAACAUUUUUAAAAUGCUAAAUUAAGGGAGAAGAUGAUAAAACAAAAUCUUGCAAUUUUUUUUGGCAAGCUUAGUUACAGAGAGAUGCAAAAUAUUUAUUUUUAUUUUUUGCUAUUGUGCUGAUAAUGCUAAAUUUAAAACAAAUAUUUUCUAAAGAGCUUUUAUAUUUAUAGAUAUGUUUAAGCCUUAAGCUAAAAUGUGCCGAUAGACAAAUUGUACAUACUUUUAUAGAAUAUUUUUUCUUACAAAAACAUUUCAGGAUUAACCAAUGCCAUAGUUACUUCUGUCAAUUUACAUAUAUUUCUCUUACAAGGUCACUGCCAAUUGGAAUAAGCCUUGUUUCUGACUACCAUAGUACCUGUAGCAGGAUCAGUUCAAAUGAGUUGUCUCCAAAAUGCGGAAGAUCUAACAACUGUAGAUCUAAUGGUGUAACUGAGAUCUACAGUGGAUUUAGGGUAGCUAUGACUAAUCGGGGAAAAAUAAUAGGUUGAGGGGAGAACAGCUGAAGGGCAAUGUGCAGAGAUAUUUCUUGGCAUUACAGAUACUGCGAAUAUUCAAGCAGAAAAUACCAAAAUGGUCCCACUAACUGUUGUGUUGUCAGUCAAUCUGUGAUGGUAAUAAAUCUCUAAUUUUGAUCAGAAAGCUUCCUUAGCUUUCUAUAUAGCCUAAGAAUCAUAGAUCAUACAACAGAGAAACUGGCCCUUUAGCCCACCAUAUCCAAUGCUGUCCAUCAGGUACCAUAUACUAAUCCCAUGGACCAUUUGUAGAUAAAUAGCCUUCUGUGGUGUGGCAUAGCUAAGUGCUUGUCUAUAUACCUCUUAACUGUUGCAAAAGUACCUGCCUCCACCACCAUUUCAGAAAGUGUCAGCUGGUUUCUCUGAUUUUUCCAGAUAGCACUCAGAAUUGCCUGCUGGGCUCCUUUAUAUAUUCCAAUGCAGCACCAGGAGCGAAUGGGUGGGGUAUAUUUGAUUACGAGGCUUAACACUGCUCAUAAACAAAGGGUUUGAUUUUUCUCUCCUCUAAAGAUGCCAUUUUCUAACACUGAAACUUUUGUUUAGUAAUGGCAGCUACAAUCAUAUUCUGAAGUUCUUAUAAAGCAGUACAUCAGAUUACCUUCCAUGUCUGCAAUGAACACACAGUGCAGAUGCCCAGUUUAGAAAGUCCCUGGUGGCUGAGAAGGUAGAAGCCCUCUGUUAUAUAACAUGAGGCCAUCAAAAAAAACCCUCAUCUGAUUCUGAGUCAGUGUUGCAAUAGCUGUUCCCAGAAUGGACAGGGGUGGAGAUGCCCAAAUCACCAAUGCAGCAGAGGGGAGUGAAGGAGGAACCCUGAGUGCUGUUCACCCACCCCCCCCCCCCCCCCCCCCCCAAAUCACUCGCUGUUGAACAGCACCCUGCAAGAAACCACUGUGCACAGACUGGAGCCUGUGCCAGGGUUAGGCUGUCAGCUCCUCCUCUGGAUGAGCAGCAGACUGAUGCUGUUUCAGACUGGGGCCCAGAGACCAACCUUACGGCAAGACACAGAGGCUGUGGACCCACUUUGCUUCCCCCAUUUGCCCUCAAUAACAGCCAGUGCUAUCAAAUGAAGUCAAUACAGUGACAAUAAGCAUUAGCAAAAGAGAAUGAUUAGACUGAAGCAUUCCAUAUGAAGCAGAGAUAAGUACCAACAUGGUGACCAGUGAGUGCAGUACAAUGGGAGAGAUUGAACAGAGGUCCAACUUUGACUUAACUGUUAAGUGCUGUAAUUUCUUUUGUUGAAACAGACUAAACAAAUAUUCCUUCACCUGCCAGGCAGGCUUCCUGAACACAAGAAACUAGUGUUCCCAUCUAAAAUGAUGUUGAGUGCUACAGAUUUCAGAGGACAGUACUGAACCCAGUUUGUGUAUUUGCACUUGCAUUAAAUCUUCCCACUGCCCGGUUUUUGUAGGAAUGGUGGGGGUGAGGGGAACAGCGAAGGAUAUCAAACUUGUACCAGUGGGCUUCAUGAUUCUGGAUUCCAUAGAACUGCUUGGACAAGAAGCAGAUAUGAGAUUUGUCUCCUCCAUGCUGCUGUUUUCAGGCCACAUUUAAAGAGCAAUUAACAUAAAUGAUAGGAUGAGGAGCAAGAGCUGGAUGUUUCUGGAAAAUUCCAUUAUCAACCUAUAUCAUGCUCUAUUUGUUUAAUUCUUCGAUCUCCAACCCACUUGUCACUGACAUUUUCCUCUGUAGAUAAUAGAAAGGAGGCCAGAGUCCAGUUGUCAUAGUAACCUAUCAAGUGCAGUUUGUAACUAGCAAGGAGAAAUGUGAUAGAGAUUUAUUAUGAUGGAAUCUGCUUUAAGGGAUGACAAAAGUCGUCUUAACCCAUUGCUAUUUCAACAGAACUCAAACGACACUGAAAGAUUUAAAAUAUAAAUGCAAAAUACCCUGGAAAUACAACAUCUGAAAGAAAAGUUCUUUUCCCUAAUGAGAUUGCUUGUCAGAUUCUUAUGAAUAGUAUUAACUCUGGGUGCACAGGAUAAUUGCUUGUUCUUCUAAUACUGUGAAAUAUAUGUAGAUAAUUAGCUGGUACCGAAUAAAUGGCUGGCAAGAAGUUACAGUGGUGACACAUCUUGGACCUGUGGUUUGUAGAAAUAAAUCAAGUCUUGGUAGUUUCCAAUCAAUCAUUUAAACCACCUGUCUGUUGUUUGUGCCUGCUUGUAAAGCAGGUAGUAUGGUUUCUUUUCAAGGAGACAGAGUUGACCUGUUUGGCAGCACUGAUGGAGUGUUACAGCUGGGAAGCUUUCCCUUUUUCAACCUGAUUUGGUUUUGCACGAGGCUUGCAACGAUUGAAAAUACAGACAGGAAAAUUCACUCCUCGGUAAAUGCAUACUGAGAGGAGUGAAGUUUUUUUAAACAGUAUUGAUGGAUUUCUUUUCAAGAAAGAGCUGGAGCUCAAUGCUCCUUAGAAGGAUCAACAGAAGGAAGGAACAAGGUUUGGGGUUGAGGGUCAGCUUGCAGUGUGAGGGGAGUUGAAUCUAAGCAAGUCUCAGUGGAAUAAAUAGUGUUAAAUGACAUCAGGGAAUGAUCACCGUUCAGAGAAGCAGGUCAGAAAGGCAAGCGGAAAACCGAUCAAGGAGUUGGGUACAUUUAUGGCACCUUUAACAUAAAUGCAAAGUUGUUCCAUCAAUGGGCAGCUGAGACUAUAAACCCUGCAUAAGACACUAACUAAUCAGGAAUUCUUAAAACAACAUGUGUUUAAUUAUCUUAAACUUCUUGCUUGGAAUUUUAAAAUGAUGGUUCAUGUUUAAAAAUAUUAUCUUUAAUAGUGUAUAUGAGGUGCUCUGAAUGCUGUAGACAGGAAACAUUAAAAAUAUGAUACAGACUUAGGAAUAGAAGAUAAAUGGCACCAGAAUGCUAUUAAUGUUUUUGCAUGAUAAUUAUGUGACGAUGUGCAUGUGUCAUAUAUUUAUGAUCCUUCACCUUUUAAAACCAGUGAUAUUUUCACACUACCAGAAUCCAACAAUAGAUCUGUGCUGCACAGAAGCCCAGUCAGAAUAAAAAUAGUGGCAGUAACUAUAGGCUUUUCCAUCACAGCAUUGCAUGACCACCAAGAAUGCCACAUCAGUGCCCUGAACAGUGUUUCAGAGUAAGGAGCAUCCCAGCAUCAGUCAAACUCCAUUGCAUUGUAACAUCACUGGAUUGACUGUCCACACCUUCAGUGAUAAUGAGGUAUAAUUCAUUUUGCGAAAUACAGUAACAUGGAGCUCUAAAGUCUUUGUUAAGGUCACAAUGACCUGUUCAUUAAAAUCCUGCAUAAGGCAUCCACAUUGGUUUUAUGCAAUCACCCUAUUUAUAAUAGGAGUUGCAGUAUUUACAAAAAUGUUCUAACAGUUUAGAAUGCUAGAAAGAUUGCCUCAUUACCGUCACAGGUACAGUCUCAUUUGUGCGCAUUGUAGAUACUUAUUGGGAGUUCAGUGAACACUGCUGACACUUCUCAGUAGCCUUCAUUAGUGACACGUAGGAGCAAAGACAGGAGAUCAGCGUGGGUGGCGCAUCACGGAAUCUUGUAGCACAGAGGAGAUUGGACCCAUCCUGCCCUGAAGAGUUGCCAAUUACUCACCUUCCCCCUGCUCUUUCCCAUCACCUUGCAACUUUCCUCCUGUUUAACUAGUCCCUUGACAGUUACAGCUGAAUCUACUACCACCACAGUUUGUCAGCUAGCCUACUCCAGAUCAUGUCAUCCUUCUGAAUGGAUCUAAUGAACAGCUUGUUGUAUACUUAAGCUGAUGCUGGAUUUGCUGCAUCCUAAUACACACAAUGUGAAUGUCACCACGCAGAAUAAUGGUUCUCCUUUUGAUACAUGAGUUGUAAAUUCAGAUUUAAUGCAAAUCACGCUCUUGUUAUAAACUGCAAUUCAUAACACACUAUCUACUGGUAUAUGGUUUGAGAUAUGAUUUCUGCAAUGUUCUAAACUCUCCAAGAUGCAGCAGCUCAUAGAAUGUUUCUGUCAGCACACAUCAAUGCUUUGGCAUUAACUAGAUGUUACGUAUUUUGGCCACAGCACCAGAAAUCCAUGAGAUGAAGCAUUUCCAGAACAUCACAGUUAAACGUGGCUCACAUCUACAUCCAAACACAAACACUUUUACAGCAGGCAGAUAUACGACAUGGUUUACUACUUUGACAACAUAAUCUUCAAUGGCCUGUAUUAUAGUCAGUAUUUUCAUGCUGGGCCAUGGUAUAAGUGCAAUAUAAUUAAAAUUCACAUAUAGCACUGGUUAUUUAUCAUGUACAGUUACACUUGUCAAUUCAUGCUUUAUCAAGUGUUUCUAUUUAUUGAAUUGAAUCCACAAGUAAUUUUACAGGUUACUGAGAUGGGUUCUAGCUUAUAGGGGAGUUGUAAGCUUCCCUUUAAAUGUUCAAGUUCCUCCGCCUAAUGUCAAUAUUUGUACAUUGUUUACUGACCAAGAGGUGCAUGUUUAUCUCUCAUACAAUAAAGAAUGCUUCUUUAUGGAGGUGCAUAUCUUCAAAGUAUACCAAGUAUAAUAGCAAAGAAAAUAAUAAAAGCACAGGAUGUGUGACUGAAGAAUUUUCAGACAUUCUCACAAUCACUGGGCUCUGAUUUGCCCCCAAGUUGAAAAUGUUUGUAUUUUAUUCAUUUCUUUGAUCAUUCUCCUUAAAUAACCAACCAUGGACCUUUAUGAGCAUAUAGAAAAUAAAGCAU